ACCACGCGCUCGCCCAAAUCAGAAAGUAAACAAAUUUCAGGGUUCCACAAGAUUCGGGGAAAACAAUGGGAGUUCGCGGCCUUACCAGCUACAUAGCGCAGCGCGCCGAGAUCUAUCUGAAGCCCUUUGAGCUCCACUCCUCGGCGCUGGUCAUAGAUGGCGACAAUCUGGCAUGCAAUUUGUACAAAGAUGUGACCGGCAGCUACUCUGCGUUCGGCGGCGACUAUGACGAUUUCUACCGGGCGGUCGUGCAGUUCUUCCAGGUGCUGGCGGAGUGCAGCAUCCGGCCAUACGUACUGAUGGAUGGUGGCUAUGAGGAGCGCAAGUUGCGCACCGUGGCCACUCGGUUGCGGGGCAAGAUUUCGGUGAUCAAGAAAAUCAAUCCGACUGACUCCAUUACUCUCUUCCCUUUGCACCUGAAAGAGGUGUUCGUGGAUGCAGUGCGCGACUGUGGCGUGCCUGUGAUGCGGUGCGUUUUUGAGGCGGACGAUGAGCUGGCGGCGCUGGCCAGAAAGCUCAACUGCCCCGUGCUCUCCUACGACUCUGAUUUUUACAUCCACAAUGUGAAGUACAUACCCCUCAUCACGCUUACUGUGAAGGUGCUCACCAAACAAGUGAAGGAUAAGAGCAAAGCCCAUCAGGAGUCCCGGGAUCUGCGGCGCAACGAGGCCAAACAUGUGGAGAAGCGCACCAAGGCCAACAAGAUUGUGGGGGGCAUUCAAGCGCCAGCCCAGGUGGAUAGGCCCAAGGGGAAUACCAAGACGUACAAGUACCUUGACUGCUGCAUUUACCGAGUUUCACAUCUCUGCGGACGCGGUACACUCAGUGCGGAGAAACUGCCGCUCUUUGCUGCUCUCCUGGGCAACGACUACAUAGCCAGGAGCGCCUUCCGAAACUUUUUUGCAGUCGGAAUGGGCAAAGCUGGACGGAGUCGCAAGCUGAAGCAGCAGCAGAAGCGCAUCCAAGUCAUCCUCAAGUGGUUGAAGGAGGAAACAGCUGAGACGGCCCUAGCAAAGGUUCUAUCUAGGCUGAAAAAGAGUCAACGAGAUUCUCUGGUGUCCCAGGUCCAUGCAGCCAUUUCGGGUUACUCAAAUGAAUUGUGCCAUGCCUACGAUUUCUUCAAGGAGCAUUAUGAAAAUGCAUUUCCCUAUAUCGAGCCGCCAAGUGAGGGGGAACUCAGCGAGGAAGACGAUUUAGUGGACUCGAAUGGAGAUGCUUCUGAAGAGGAAGAUGCCAACGCAGACCAACCUGCCGAAGAGGAGGAGGCUGCCGAAGAUCAGGAAGUAGACUCUGAUGGAGAUGAAGAAGAAGAAGUGGAAGUGGAGGAUAAAACUCUUCUCUUCCCGCAAUGGUUUCUGGACAAACUGUACCCAGCAAAUCUCUCCAGAUAUUUUGUGGACCUUAUACACCUGCGCAAGUACAUAAACAAUCCGCAGAUUGAGCACUUUCCCUUCCAUGAUUCAAACGAACUAGCUCUGCCCAUUUUGAAUUAUGUGUUCUCCCUGCUCCACCAUGUGGAGGGUGCAAAAACGGAGCCACAAUUGGAUGAGGAAGGAAAUCCACUGCCCAUAGAGUUUACCUACCUGACACGAGCUGUUCGGGUGACCAAUGUGAAGUAUCUGAAGAUGCCCAUUGAGAAGGAGCCCGAGUACUCCUUUGAACCCUCUUGUCCAGACGCACGACACUUGAGGUUUAUAUUCGAGGCGAAUUUGCCGCAUGUGGAGACGGAGAAGUUGUUCAGGAAGCUGGAAGACCUGCCGGAGGAUCUUCGGCUUUACUUCCUAGCGAUAAUAUACUGGCUGCAUCGAUCGGAGCACUGCGAUCAGCUGCACCUCCACGCCCUGCUCCUCGGCUUAAUUGUUCUGCGAACAAUUGAUGUUACCAUACCAGCGGAGAGGGAGGUAAAAGCAUUCCACAAGAGGUUUGGCAAGAUUCUGAAGCAGGAACGCUCCGUGAGAGAUAAGGAAGCCGCCGAGGGCAUCAGGCGUGGCAUUAAGCCGUCCCUUUUGGAGCUUCCUGUGCCAGACCGAAUGCCGCAUGUACCGAAAUCGGACUGCUACUUGACCCAAGAACGCCUGUUGCCACACUUCCACAUGCAGGAAAUAUUCAAGAAGAAGUUCGAUCUGUACUCGUCGACCGUUAUUCAUGCUUUUGCCGAAUUUCAGGCUGUGGUCUAUCAACUCAAUGGGCUCAACGCCCUCCUAGACUUGCCCUUGCCAAGUCCGCGAAUGAAUCAACUAUUCUGCGGUGCCUUUCUCUACAAUAUGUACGAUCUUCUGAGAAAUCGCACGGAUGUUCGCUAUCAUAUCGAGAAUUUCCUCCUGCCCGACUCGAAGCUAAUGUUUGACUUCUACUGCUAUCUGUACGACUGGUGUGCGGAGUUCAUUCCACAUUGGAAGGAAGUGGAGGUGGAUGAGUCGGCGGCGAAGGCGAUACAAAAGAAGCGAUUGAAGAAGCAGCGGCAGGCGGCCAGGAAAGCGGAAGCCAAGGAGUCUAAUGCAGAUACCAAUGCGGACUUGGUCAAGGAUGCAGAACCUGAAGACGAUUUCUAUGACUUGAAUAACAAAUUCUGUGCACUCAAAGUUUCUUAGUGGGUUUAAGUUUUGCAAUUUAACUAAGUUACCAAAUGAUUAUUUUGUUGAUUGGAAUAAAAAUGUUUUUUUAC